AAGUGAGAGGCUGAUCAACUUAAGUCCAGUGUACGGUUCAGUUCGACGCUAAGCGAUACUUGAGAACACGAAAACUUAUUGGCUGUGAUGUGUUGUUGAAAUUUUAGUUGUUAAUUUUCGUGACUAGAAAUUAUGGGGCUGUGGCUUUAACCAGAUGGAAUUCAAAUGUAAACUCUUAAUAUUAGCAGUCAUUAUAGGAGUCAUGCAUCUCCAAAUGGUCUAUCCUCAAAUCAGAGAAAGUCAAAAAUAUUGUGGUGGUCAAAUAGGCAAGGCGCUAUCAACAAUAUGUAAAGGAAAUUACAACACCAUCAAAAGGAUAACCAAGAUUCCUCGACCAGUAUACAUAGACGAAAUGUAUUCAGAUAUGCCAGCAGCCAGAGGAGAAAGUUUAGAAUUUCCUUUCCAAACGAAAGCAGAAGCAACUUCUUUACUAGGUAAACGGAGGAGAAAGCGAACAGGUGUAUACACAGAGUGUUGCGAGAAAUCUUGUACAAGAGAAGAACUGUCCUCAUAUUGUGCACAAGGAAAACGACGGAGAUAAUAAUAAUAAUAAUAAUAAUGAUAAAAAGCAAACCAAGUGAUUGUGAUACUAUCUUUAAAUUUAGUAUUAAGUUGUUGACUUAAUAUAAAUAUCUGGAUAUCGGUUGAGUGACCAAAUUGAAACGGAUCUUACAUUUUUUCUAUGAAAAAUAAUAUUGUCCACUUCCAGUGGAUAUGAGUUAGUUGAACUCGAGUGGAACAAGGGUGAGGCCAUGUUUAAUCUAAGUUAUAAUCAUCAAAAAGAUGAUUUAACGAAAGGUAUGAUUUACAUCAAGUCACCAGUAGAAAAAAAACUAUCUGCGAAAUAUAUUUUUUGAUUGUUCAAGUAAAACUCGUCAAGAUUUUUUUUAUAUCUAACCAUUCAUUAUUGAUAAUUUCCACAUCUGAUAUUUCUAAUAAUGUAGAGAAAAUUAUAUAUUAUUGUUCCAAAACAUAGAAGUGUGCUUUAUAAAUGCGAUUUUUGAAUGUUUUAUACAUCUACUGAUAAUUUGGCCCAUAUAAAAUAUUUGCUAAUUUCAUUCAAUAUUUAUCUGAGUCUACAUAUCAUUUUUUCAAUUUAGAUCACUAGAAAUUAAAUAUUUCAAUUCUAUUUACCUGAUAAUAAAAAAGGGGUAUUUGUGUCCAAUUUACACAUAAAAUGUAAUCUCAAACUGCGUAAACUGUUGUAGAUAUUUGUAUACAAAAUAACUGAAGUUAUUGACACUACAUUUUGAUGUUCCCGUCCUUUUAUUCUUUCUUCAUUUACAUGAAUUGAGAAAUAGAUGUUUUAUUAUUACUACUCGACUAUUAAACAUUUAAUUUAUAAUUCAUAAAUAUUGUAUGCUAUUUGUUUGCAUGUGCUACAAAUAAGGUAUGAAAAUGUUUGAAGCCGGAUCAACAUCUCAUAUAAAUUCUUACGUAACCACAGAUCACUUUUAUUCAGAUAGAUCACGACAAUGUUAUUUGUUUCAACCAUAGACAAAGUGAUACUAGACUGCUCCUUCAAUAGAAUUCGUAUCUCUGUCAAGUGUUCCUUUUAAUAUCUUGUGUCGUACUCCUUCCAUCGUUACGAAUUACUAUGUCUGUGGUUCUAACCAAGUUAACGUUGACUGGGGGGUGUGAACUUGAACUACUAUUAUGACAUCCUUCAAAAAAUACUGGCAAGUUUAAAUUCGGCGCGUUAUUUGAAUUACUUGAAGGUAGUUCAAACUAAGAAAUUUCGAGAACCAUUAUGAAAUAAAAAGUUUGGGAAUUUAUUAGGAAAUUUAAGUUAUUAUAAGAGCACUUAUUCCGUUACUUUUGAAACUAAUCUAAUAAUCGUUCAAUUAUAAUAACAAUAUAAACAUAACGUGUGUGGUAAAAAUAAACCUAUUUUUAAACAAAAUAUUACAUACACAAAUAGCUAAUUAAAUUGUUACAUAUUAAAUUAUUAGACCAAAUUUUAUUAAAUUUCAUCACUAGAACUUCAUAAUACAUAACUUGCAGUUAAUUUAGUAUUGUUUAUAGCCGGCAGUCAUCUAUCAAAAUAUUUUAAGUCCUUAUAAGGAUUUGGGACUAUAGGCUAUAGCGCCUCUAAGCCCCCAGCUUAAUCCGGUCCUGCAUUUAUCUUAUUUAUUUUUAUUGAACACUUGAAUUUAAAUAGUUUUGAUGAAUAAUAGGCGAAAGAUUUUUAUCAUUUGUAAGUAUUUAGUAUAGGAAUUAUUUGAAAAUUACGAAAUUAAUAAAUUACAACAUAAUAUAGUAAAAAUAUUCGUUAUUUAAGAGACCGCGUGUAAUGAUGUAACACUAUUUAUUAUCUGCUCAGAAUGUUAUAUAUUUCGAUAACAUAAGAAUCCUAAAAAUGUUUUUUUUAUCAUAUUUUGGGUUCUAAAUUUUGAACGUGUAUGCGAAUCAUGAAUUAAACACGUGAUAGGGAGUCUUAAACUUAAACCGAUAACCUCAAUGUUAUUGUUUAUUUUGUUGGAUAUUUUCCUAAUUAUCUAACAAAUAUCCAAUUAAACAAAAGUUUUUUUUUUAAAUUAGAUAUACUUUGUCGUGUUUACGUUUGAUAAUUGUUCAUUUUGGAUUUGUUAUAUAGUUUGAGAUUACGAUUCGAAAACAUUUCGAGUGAAAAUAUGUUGGGUACUCGGUUAGAACGCGUUUCACCGCAAUGUUCUUCAAUUAAAUUAAACAUUAUAUAAUCAGUAGUUCGAAAUAUUUGUAGACUAUGAUCUCUUAGGAUCUUCACUUUUAAAAAUGCUAGAAACUUUCUAAUUAUUGUAAAGCGGUAAGGAAGUUGUUUCAUUUUAUAGCCUCACUUUAUAUUUUGGAAAUUUCCAUGAAUUAUCAUAUACAAUUGAAUAUAUUGUCAACUUUAUUUUUCAUUUUACGCAUGAUAAUUCAAAAACUUACCGCAAAAAUAACCAUUUACAUGACAUUAUUUGAGAUAAGAUUUUCUAGUUUUCUAGCACCAGUGGUACAAUAAUAGAGAUUUUCUAAUUUUUUCACUUAUGACACUAUUUAAGUGUAUGAAGUUUUUUUGAUAGUUUCAGAUUAAUAUACUGUUUGAAAGUUGAUUUACUUUAGAUUAUUUGUAAACUCACUUUAUUUAGGCCAGGAACCAGCAAUAAAAAAAGGUUUAAUUUUGUUAAUCAACGUCGAUUUUUAUGAAAAUUUGAAUUCAAGCUCUCCUUACCCUCCAAUUCAAAAUCUACCCUAUGCCGAAGGGUGCUUCUCAUUUUUUAGGGAUAAAAACUACCCCUUAUCGUAAAAAAUUUAAAAAUCCUCAAUUUUAGCAUGUUUUUGAGUAAAAUACAAUUUAAAUGAAUCAAUCGUAGUUCUGUUGAUAUUCUCAAACAAGUUUAUGAUUAAUCAGACUCAUACAACCCCUCCAAAGACCAACCUCUGAGGGUAGUAAUAUCGAAAUCUUUUUUUAACGACACUUUUAAUCUCGAUUUUCAUGAAAAUUUGAAUUCAAGCUCUACGUACCCUCUUCUACAAAAUCUUCCUUGUGCCGAAUCGAACUUUUUAUAUUUUGGGGGGUGUAAACUACCCUUUUAUUGUGAAAAAAGUUAAAACCUCAGAUUUCAUGCAUUUUUCGGGUAAAAUGGAGUUUAUAUUUAUUAUUCGUAAAUCUGUUGACAUUCUCAGACACCUCUAUGAUCAAUCAGAUUCAUGCAACCCCUCCAAAUCAUCCCCUAAUGUAAAUAUGUAUUGAUAUGGAAUUGAGAAUAUUUCGUUGGUAUUUUUAAAAAGUGUUGUUUUUCAAAUAUUCCAACGCUUAUGAAACCCAUUUUCAAUGACCACAUUUUUUUUACAGAAAUAAAAAAAUAAAAAUAAUAAAAAAUUUAAAAAUAUAUUUGAAAAAACAACAGUUGGUUUUUCGACAAUAACUCGCUCAAUUUUCAAGCUAGAAACUUUUUUUAAAAAACAUUUUGUAGAUGAUUUCAAGAACUUCAACGACAUAUCAAUUAAAACUUGUUUCAACCCCUCCAAAGUGCAGCUCAAAGGGGUUGCAUAAGCCACAUUUGAGACGCGAAUGCAAACUUGGAACUAAUGUAUCUAAUCUAAUCAAUUUUUAUGAUACAUAGAUUUAAAAAAACACAAAGUUUUUGGCAAGAAAAACCCUACAAUUAAGACUCGAAAUAUUUUCUCAUAAUAUGAAUAGUUUUUGGUUUAUUUGAGAAAUAAAUUACGGAAAUACAGUGUUCAGUUUAAUCGAUUACUUUUUCUAAAAUUAGCAUUCAAAACCAGUAAAAUCACAUGGGUCAUAACAAUAAUACAUAAAUAAAAUUAAUUGCAAGUGGAUUACGAUUAAUUUCGAUUAGGGUGGUAAUGGCAAGGGUAUAAUUAUUACAUUUUUUCAAAAAAGAAAAAACCUUAUUUUUGUUAUAAAUCAGUCAACUCUUAUGUAAAAAACUUUUAGCAGUGCUCAUUUUAAUGGUUUUUCUAAGUGCUUUGAAAAAGAUCUCUCGAGUUUUUUCCAUAAGUUUAAUCAAUUUCAAGUUAUUUGAGGUUAAAGGUUUUUAAUUUCGGGGUUCCCCAAAAAUAGCUUCAACGAGCAAUAACUCAGUUAUUAUUGAAUUUACAUAUGUCAUUAAAAAAAGAAUCUCUUUGUUUUUUUAUUAGCUACUUUUUUGAUCUGCAUGAUUUUGCUGAUAAAAUGAAAACUUAUUAGUAAUUAAUGAAAAACUUUGUGAAAUAAAAGUUGCUUAGUCAAUCUAUCGACCUACGAGAUUAUUUUGAUAAAAGAAGGGAUGGUUUACACCUUCGGAACAGGGUAUAUUUUGAAGAAGGUUAUAAAUACUACCUACAUACCGAUUUUCAAGAAAAUCGACCUUGAUUUUCUUUCAAAAUUCCACGGAAAAUCGGCUGGCACCUGGCCUAAAAAUUCCCGUUUCUGUACCAAAAAAAAAAUACUAAUUUACGUCCACCUUACCAUUUUUAAAAUAUCUAAAUGAAUAGAUUAAAAAAAACUUUGUGAUAUUGUAAUAAAAGUAAGUUUAUACGAUAAUAUUAUUAUAUUUGGGGUUAUUUUUUUGUAUUGUAUUUAUUCUAGUCCUUUGUUAUCUGUGAAAUGUAGCAUUGGUAAAUUUUUGUUUUUGUAAUAUAGUAACUUCGUUCGCGGUAAAUAACUUGGACACAUGAAAUCUAAGAUUAUAAUUUAAAUUCAAAACUAGCUAAGAAAAUGAAAUGUAUAUAAUUGACUCGAAGGUUUCGCCAGAUUAAAAAUCCUUACCCAAGUCCGAGAAUACAUUGAACGUAUUCAGAACACGGAAUUUUAAAUCCUGAACAGCACCGCGAACGCACCAUUUCAAACUGCGCAUGAAUCUGGUGACAGAACAUGUUCAGGGUAUUUACCGCGAACAAAGCUAGUGCUUUUAAAAUCUUAUAAAACUAUAAAGUAAUUAGAUUAAGGCUGUGAAAUUCCCUGUUUUUUUUUUAAUUAAUCAAUUAUAAUAUGAAAAUGUAAACAAUUUAUAUCGUAGGUACAUAGAGUCACUAUUGGUUUCUUUAUUACGAAUUUCAAUUUUUUUUACUUUAUUUAACUUGUUUUAUCACUAUUAUUAAAUGUUUUUGAAACAGUGGGUUAAAUAUGAUACCUUGCGGAACUCCACUUUAACGCUUACGAGGGUUGCUACUCCAGUUUUGAGACAGACAAAUACAAAUUUUUAUAAUUAUUGGAUAUGGCUUCAUAGUUUUUUAAAAUACCGAUUGAGGUACCUCCAAAACAUGUGAUUUGAACGCAUCAAUCGCUUCUUUAGGGUUUGACCUCUCAAUUUAUUUUCGGGAAUAAAAAUAAAUCAUCUGAAUUACCCGUUUAUUCGAUGUUUUCGCCGUUCAAAACGUUUUUGUUUGAACUGAUGUGUGAAAGCUCGUAUUGUCGUGAUGGAGAAUGAUUCGUCUCCUGCGAAUGGUUUUCGUGAUUUUUCCGAACAUUUCUGAAAUAGACGUCUUUUGAUGCAUCGCGAUUGAAUUUUUUCAGCACUUCCUUGCACCAAUUGAGCUUUUUUGAGCGAUUGUCAAAUUAUGCUGUAUUCAACGCGAACAAAUCUGUUUGACAGCCAAAUAUCCAUGUAAUCUUGAAUGUAUGCACGUGGAAUUAAUGCCCAAAUAUGCCUCAAUCUCAUAAUACGUCACAUGACAAUCUGGUAAUAUCAGUUCACGCGAAGCAUCGAUGUUUUCUGGCACAACACCCGAUUCAUCCUGUAGGAAAGUACGACCACGAUUGAACUAUAAAAACCAGAAAUACACGUUCUGAGUACGUUCAAUAUUUAUGAACGCAAUGUCAGAUUUGACAUAUUCAAAUCAGUUUUGCCAUAACUACGUAGCAGCCCUCGUAUGAAUUGUGGUUAGUUUUUAUGUUGGAGUUACACUUGUUUCGAGCAGUUGUUAAUAAUCUUGGACUUGCUUAAGCAAUAAUUAAGUACAAAAAUGUGUUUAUUAGAUAUUUAAGUGUUUUAAUUUGUGUUCAAUUAGUUUUAAAUAUUUUUUUUUUUUUUGGUCAAAAAGUUUACAAGUGCUAUAAACGUGAAAUUAAUGUUAGAAAAUUAAUUUGAUUUUUGAAAAAAUAACCCCAUAGUGAUAAAUAAGAAGGCAGUAAGAUUUCAUAAUAGAGUUAUAAAAAAGGAAUAUUUUCGUGUUUCUUUUUGAUAUUACAAUUAUAUUGAAAGGAAAUAAACUGCCUUUGGUGUAUGUAUAUUAGGAAAAAAAAUAUAUUUUGUUAAAAUUGACUUUUUGUUGAUUGUUUUGAAAAUUUAUUGAAAAAAUUGAAAAUAAAGAUGCCUUAAAUAAAAA